AUGCGCUCUUCAAUCCUUUACCUCGCCCUGGCCGGCGUCGCCAGCAUCGCGCAAGCCAACCCAAUCAUCAAACCAGACGCCCAAGUCGACCCCAAAGGCCUCAUCACUCGCAGCCUCUCCCACCUCCUCUUCUCCCGCUCCGAACCAACACGCUCCGAGCCGCCCCCAACUAGGAGACAAGCAACGCCGCCUCCCCCUCUGACAAGCAACCCGGCCGCCGCCCCGCCCGGCGGCGGCGGCGCAGUCAACAAUGCCAACCGCACCGUCACUCUGACCGUGAUCCAAGGCGACACCCUCGGCCAGAUCGCGCGCCUCCUCAACUCGGGCAUUUGCAACAUCGCCAAGCUCAACAACAUCCCCAACCCAGAUUUCAUCGAGAUCGAUAAGGUCCUGCAGGUACCCAUCAACGUCGCCAACCCGGACAACGACUCGUGCCUCAACCGCGGCGGCGUGAUCCCGGCCCCGGGACAGAAUGCUACUGCUCCUGGGACGCCUCCGGCGGGUGGCAAGGGGAAGGGGAAGGGCAAGAAGGUUAAGCGAAGCGAGGCCCUGUUUUCUGAGAAGAGCCCCCGGGCGCCUUUGCACUAA